AUGCUACUCCUGCUGAGCCUCACACUCGCGCUCGAGGGCGCGACGGCGGAGGACUACCCUGGCGGGUGGCAGCCUGACUCACAGCAGUGCGUGGACAUCUGCACGCACGCGUCGCCCAGCCCGAUCUGCCCGACGCAGGACCCGGCGUGCCUCGCUAAGAAGCAGCAGCCCGGAGACUACGACUUCCUGCUGCUGGAGCAGCUCUUCCUGCCGCAAUUCUGCCGCGACCUGCUGGCUGGCGUCGACCUCACGAUCUCCCACCGCAACGUCAACAAGUACCCGCACGGCAUCGUGUGCGAUCCCUCCAAGGCAGUCAGCAAGCUCUCCAUCCACGGCCUCUGGCCCAACUACAACGCCGGUUUUUCAGCCUGCUGCAACGUGAGCAACGCCAUCCGCAACCAGCCCUUCGAUGCGCUCGGUUUUGCAGCCGAAUCACCAGAGCUGCUUGAAGAGAUGGACGAGGUCUGGGUGGACCCUACGCAGCCUUCCAGCUUCCAGACGCUGUGCGAGCUGUACAACCACGAGUUCCAGAAACACGGGCUGUGCUACGCCGCCAACGGUGGAGACAACUUUGAAUCGAGUGCUCGGGAGUACUUCCGCGCGGCAAUGCGGGCAGAUGCAGUCAAUAAAGAGGCCACCAAUGUGAUAAAUGGCUGGGCCACGUCCAGCUUUGCGAAGACGACCCUAGCGGAGAUCACGGCGCUGUACAAGACGCGGGUGCAGGUCCUGUGCUCUGCUGUUGCACCUAUUGAUGGACGCAAUGGAGGCGGCGCUGGCAACAGUCUUGCUGUCAUUCACGUGUGCUUCAGCAAGCCGGCUAAUGCGUCGGCAGAGUUGACCCCUAUCGACUGCAAGCAAGCUGUAUCAACUGCUGUAUUCGUCCCUUGCAGCCCCGGGAUCCCUAUUAGUCUCGCCGAGUACACUCCACCAUCGCCACCAUCAUUAACUCUCUUGGAGGUGCUUUAG